AUGGCGAGCGCCCGGCCGCUGCUGUGCCUGCAGCUGUGGCUGUGGGUGCAGGGCUCUGCCCAGGAGCUCGACCCCGACGGCAGGAAUGUCUGCAAGGUGGACAGCCCCCCCGCGGGCCUGGCGUGCUGCCCCGGCUGGAAGCAGGAAGGGCGGGAGUGCACGGCCGCGCUGUGUGAAGGGGAGGACACCUGUGGGCCGGACGAGGUGUGCGUGAAACCCGGGCUUUGCCGCUGCAAACCCGGCUUCUUCGGCGCAGACUGCAGCUCCCGCUGCCCCGCGCAGUACUGGGGCCCCGACUGCAAGCAGCGGUGCCCGUGCCACCCCGGCGGGACGUGCGAGGCGGCGAGCGGGCGCUGCACCUGCGACCCCGAUCGCUGGGGCGAGCUGUGCCAAUUCCCCUGCCAGUGCGGGCCCCACGGCCGCUGCGAGCCCCUGACCGGCGCCUGCCGCUGCGAGCCGGGCUGGUGGUCCCCCAGCUGCAAGAAGCAGUGCCAGUGCAACGCCGCCAGCUCGCACUGCGACCCCCUCACCGGGCACUGCCGCUGCCUGCCGGGCUGGUGGGGCAGGAGGUGCAGCUUCAAGUGCUCCUGCAACCUCUCGCCCUGCGCCCAGGAGACGGGCAAGUGCGAGUGCAAGGCUGGGUUUUGGGGGCCGGCGUGCCAGCGGCGCUGCGACUGCUUGCACGGCUCCUGCAACCCCCUCACCGGGCACUGCAGCUGCGUCCCCGGGUACCAGGGAAGGAGCUGCCGGGAGCCCUGCCCGGCGGGGAAAUACGGGUCUCAGUGUGUGCACAGCUGCGGAAGCUGCAAGCGCAGCCAGCCCUGCUCGCCCGUGGACGGCUUCUGCCUGGCGUGCCAGCCCGGCUGGAACGGGACCCUGUGCAAGGAGCGUUGCGCCGCUGGCUUCCACGGUGAGGGCUGUCUCCAGCCGUGCCCCCGCUGCCGACACGGGGAUGCCUGUGAUGCGGAGACCGGAUCGUGUCUGCACUGCGAGCCCGGCUGGAUGGGACCCAGCUGCAACAGCUCCUGCCCCGCGGGCACCUUCGGGGACGGAUGCCGGCUCCUCUGCCCCGAGUGCGUUUGGGGGAGCUGCGACCCCGUGUCGGGUGCCUGCCUCUGCCAGGCUGGCUACUGGGGACCCAGCUGCAACGACACCUGCCCGGAGGGGUAUUUUGGCGCAAACUGUUCCUCCCCGUGCCAGUGCUCCCGAGGGCCCUGCCACCCUGUGCGGGGCGACUGCAUGCUGAGUCUGGACCGCGGGGCCCUGGCCGCUGCCAUCCUCGUCCCUCUCCUCCUGCUGCUGCUCUGCGUUGUCUGCUGCUGCUGCAGCGCCGGCCCCGCAGACGCUAGAGACAGGGCGGCCGUGCCGGACGACGAUGUGGUGGCCAGGAUGAAGCACCACGUGCAGGGGGUGCUGGCGAACCUCAGCGCUAUGAUGCCCUGCUUUUCCCUGGGUGGCUACAAACUUCCCAAAGUCACAGUUUCCCACCACGACGCAGAAAUCCCCUUCAACCCCAGCUUCAUUGAGUCGCCCUCGGCCGCCUGGGUUUCGGACAGCUCCUUCUCCUCCUUCGACACUGACAACGAGGGACCCGAGUACUCUGUCCCUCCCAGAGAAGGUGUCCCGCUGCUGGAGGGCACCGAACUGCAGGAUGGGGCCUCCUCCCCAGGCGAGGUGCUCCCAGACCCGGCCGCCUUCAGCUCCGAGGACGUCUCACAGCCCUUCGCCAUCCCCCGCACCUCCAGCAUCGCCAAGGCCAAGCGGCCUUCCGUCUCCUUUGCCGAGGGGACGAAAUUCGGUGCGGCGGAGACCCCCAGCCCCGGGCGGAAGCCUAAGACCCCGUGGGGGAUGGCCAAGCUGUCUCCCACAUCAGGGGACACAGGGGACGAGCCCCCUACUGAGCAGCCGGCCAGCGAUGGCUAUGAGAGCCCCGAUCCCCUCGCCAAGGGGGACGAAAGCCACCGGCCAUCACCCCGGGCCACCCCGGGGGGCCGCCGGCGGGUGGUCUCCGGCACCAGGCAUGUGGCCCAGAGGGUGGAAGCCCUGGAAGCAGCCGCCAAAAGCAGCAGCUGGGACGCGAAGGGGAAGGAGCCCAACGUCACCACCAUCUAUAUGAUGGUGGGAACGGCCGGGCAGGACCCCAAAGCCGAGGGUGGUGGCGAGGGACCGGUCCAGGCCGUGCUGAAGCGGCUGGGGAGCCUGCAGAAAGGCAAGUGGGCCGCCAAGGAGGAUCCCAAGGUGCGGAGGAGCGUUGAGGCCAUCCAAAAACCACCCCGCCGGGCCCUGGCGCAGCGCAGGGACUCGGCGAACAGCUGCAAGCAGAGGGAGAGCGUCCCGGGGGCUACAGGUGAGCAGCGCCCCGGCAAACAGCAGCACCUCCCCGGGAAGAGACAGUCCUUCCCGCUGGCAUCGGCCCUGCUGAAAGGCACCGGGGCUCAGGAUGGGGCUGGCGACGCCAUGGAGAAGGGCAAAAGCCUGGAGGUGGCCCUGAGCCUGGAAACGAAGGGCCAGGCUGCCCCUGAGGAAGAGCCCAAAUACGAGACCGUGAGCGGCAGUGAGGAUGUGCCGGCCGCCCCUGCGGCCACCUGA